UAUGCUCAGGCGGAAGCAUGUUUUUGUCAAGUUUGGGGAGUGGGUUAGGAAUGAUUUUAACACAAAAAGAGUACACCGGUCAGUAUUGGAAUGCGUCAUUUUUGGAAACUCGUUGCACAAGCUUGAACACAAGUUCACAGGUAAUGGAAUUGUGAAAACACUUAUAUUAUUCAAUUUAGUCACUCACAAAAAUGUGUAUGACUUCACUUUGUCUCGCCUUGAUGUCGCACUAGCCUGUGGAAGCAACCGUGGUUGACAGGCCAUAGACUUGGGACAGGCACAUGCAUUUGAUAUUACUCAGAGGGGCGCAGCCCGGUGACGCUCGCACAGUUGUGAAACUGUUGCCGUCUCCAUCCAUCCAUCCUGAGGAUUUUAGAAUCAAAUCACAAACGGAUUUGAUGUCAAGUGCAGCUAAAUAACAUGGAGAGAACUGUAACGUCUGACAGCAAGCAAAUUAUCAGCUAACUCUUUUCAUCUUCAGGGCAACCGAUAGGCGCUCGCACCCAUUUAUGUGAUUUAUUUAUCGCUCGUGUUGCUUUUCGUCUACUCUGAGACGGUAAGAUACAAGUAUGUCUACGCAAGGGUUGCUUAGCAGUGUUUUCUCGUGUUCUUCACCAAACUCCAAAACAAUGUCCAAACGGAAAUUAAGACAGACCAGAAGUUUGGAUGCUGCUUUGAUAAGACAUUACGGGAGCGAAACGGAUGAGGCAUCGAUGAGGGGCUUGAAGCCCUCCUUCGUCCAUGGUCAUACAGGUGAUGGUGUAGGUGGUUACCAGACUAUAGAAAGCUUUAAAUUAGAUGCUUGCCUUACGGCCACAAAAUGUAAAUCAUCAUCUUCGAACCUUGCAUCUUUGGACGCGUCUCACUUUACUUACAUUAACUUUGAUUAUGACUCGAAAGCUACAAAGAGGAAUACUGCCUGGGACUUACCUUUUCUUGCCAGAAGUCCUGCUACAACGACCGGAAACCCAAACACACUUUUUAAGUGGCUCCAGAAGAAACCACAACCUUCAUUUACCAAAUCUUACGCUGUAUGGAAAUUUGAGGGUGAUUUCACCUGGAACAGCAUGUCAGGGCGUAGUGUUCGCCUGAAACCCGUACCCCUUCAGAGCCUCUCAGAGCUAGAGAGAGACCGUCUGCAGGAUGUAGCCUUUAACCGGUUGCUUCAGGGCUACGACCUCAACUGCCAGAUUACCAUCCCUAAAGAUGGCCAGAAACGUAAGAAGUCACUCAGAACCAAGCUGGAUUCAUUGGCCAAAGAGAAGAGCAAAGACAAAGACUCUGCCCCCCAGGCGUUCGGCAUUCCUCUAUCCCAGGUGAUCUCCAACGACCGGCUGCUGAAGCAACGUCCGGACCCCCAACAAGAAGAGCCUUGGGACCCCAACGACCUUGUGACGUCCUUCCUCCACCUCACCUCCACCUCCAAGAGGCUUGUGAAGGAGCUGUCCAGCAGCAACUCCUCCCUCAGCUCCACCUCCGAGACGCCCAACGAGCUGUCCUCCCCCAACACACCUGAACCCCCCCCACGCACACGCAGGAGGGGAGGAGUGUCUGUGGAUUGCAUCACCGACCUCGAUGACAACCAGUCUCGUCUGCUGGAGGCUCUCCAGCUGUCCCUGCCCACCGACACGCCUAGCAACAAGAAUAAGCACCGGGACAAGAAGCUCAGCCUCAAUCCCAUCUACAGACAGGUGCCCCGGGUAGUGGACAGCUGCUGCCAGCACCUGGAGAAAUAUGGUCUUCAAACGGUUGGCAUUUUCCGCGUGGGCAGUUCUAAAAAAAGAGUACGACAGCUCCGUGAGGAGUACGACCAGGGCGUGGACAUGCAGUUGGAAGAGGAGCAGUGUGUCCAUGACGUGGCUGCGCUCCUCAAGGAGUUCCUGAGGGACAUGCCUGAUCCCCUGCUCACCAGGGAGCUCUACACAGCCUUCAUCAACACAACAUCUGUGCUGGACCUCUCAGACCAGGAGGUUGUCUUGCAGCUGCUGGUCUACCUACUUCCUCCCUGCAACAGUGACACCCUGCAGCGCCUCCUCCACUUCCUGGCGACGGUUGCGGCCCACGCUGACGACGGCCAUGACAGGGACAGACAGGAGAUCACAGGAAACAAGAUGACAUCGCUUAACCUGGCCACCAUCUUUGGACCCAAUGUGUUGCACAAGCAGAAGAGCUCCGACAAAGAGUUUGCCGUUCAGAGCAUCGCCCGUGCCGAGGAGAGCACAGCCAUCAUCGGUGUGGUCCAGCGGAUGAUCAACACACACCAGACUCUUUUCAUGGUGCCUCCUGACCUCCAGAACGAGGUACUGAUGAGUCUGCUGGAGACAGACCCCGACGUGGUGGACUACCUGCUGAGGAGGAAGGCCUCACAGUCCUCGGUCCCGGGCGUGCUGAGGGCAGACGAGGCCUUCUCCCUCCACCAGAGACGGCCGUCCAGUGACUCCAACAAGGCCUCCAGUGGGGAGGUGUCCCCCUACGACAACAACUCCCCCGUGCUGUCGGACCGCCUGCUGCAGUGCCAGGUCGACCGCAGUGACCAGGGGGACGGCAGGGCCCUCUCAGACCGUCUCUUCAGGGCAGGGCAGGGGGACGGCAGGGCCCUCUCAGACCGUCUCUUCAGGGCAGGGCAGGGGGACGGCAGGGCCGAGCAGUGCUCACCGGUGGGUCACGUCAAAGGGCAGCCCGGCGAAACCUGCAUCGCCCCAGACACUGACAGAGACACUGCACAACAAACCAUCUGGGGAGCCUGGCAUGCAACAUUAAGAAAAGAGUUCAUGGAUCAUCAUUUCAUCUCUGGUUGUCAAGGUGAUUUGUCAGAAUGCAGCUCCCAAGACUCAUCAGAGAAGCUCAGCUGUCACCAAGGCAACAGCAAGUCUCCUGUCCGACGGACUCAAACCUCUUUGGGUGUGCCUGAGUGCAGGCCCCACCCCCCGGUGACUCGCUGCAGCAGUAGCCCUCACGGCCAGAAAGGCACAGGACAGCUGAGUGGUAGUCCGUUAUUACAUCAGAGAGCCCACAGCCAAUCAGGAUCCGGGAGCUCAGAGGACCUAACGUUUAAGGGCGGUCCCCCAGUUAGCCCCUCCCUGAGAGGCAGGGCUCAGGGUGAUGGGAGACCCCCUCCUCCGUACCCUGGACUUCACAGAGUUAGCCCUGUCUCCACACCCUCCCACCCUGCUCCCCAGCAUGGGUACCUGACCCCCCAGACCACCCGGAGGCCCCCCCCGAGCCUCAGCCCAGUCCCCCAGAUUGUGGAGCCUAGGACCGCAUCUGGUCAUCCGGAGGGAACGGUGCCUAGAAGCCCUCAGUGGCAGAGGGACAAAUGGCAGAUAUGGCAGCUCCUAUCACCAGAUAAUGCAGACACGCUGCCAGAGACACUGGUUUGAUGGAUCCAGAGCGUUGCACUACCGCUGGGCCAACUGCGGUCUGCGGGGACUAUGCCUUUUACAGCCACUGGCUAUGAUGUGCCACUGUCUGUCUUGUCAUUGUGUCAGUACGAUUCUGCCUACGUGCGUUUGAAAGGUUCGACUGAAACAUUUGUAGCUGUGACUACCACCCCCGAGACCAACACUGCCGUCACGCUCUGUCACAUCUUUUCAUAACGAAACGUGUUUGAGACGAUAAUAAUCGAAGCUGCACACUGUCGCUGUCUUUGCGUAUUUCAGUUUCUAACUUUGUAUUAUUUUGUGAAUGUAUUGUACAGUAUGUCGUAUGCCAUGAUCAAUAGAGCACCCGAGCAGCCACCGUCUUGUGUGCAUAGUGAAAGCAGUAUGUUCUCAUUUUUUACCCAUUUUAUACUUUAUCUAAGUGAUUACCAUAAAGGCGUGCGCACUGCUUCUAAGAGACAGUCCCUAGAAAGAUAACAAGCAUUUCCUCUAAGACACAUGAUUUCAAAAGCUGUUUCACUUGCCUUAGUGUAUUUGGAUGCUGUUGAGCCUUUUUCAGAAUGUCUGGAUGAUACAGUCUAAUGUUGCACUUUGUGUUGCCUGUGCUACCUGUUCUAACUUAACCCUCAUUGUUGUGGCAUGGAGCAAGUCGUUAUUGGUUGCUGGACAGCUUACAUUGCUGUUUUGAUCACUAAUGUUUCUUUUCACUCAAUACCAUUGGACUGCAUAUAGUAGUGGUUUCAGUACUGUUUGUAGCAUACUGUAGUACUUUACUGUACUCCACAGUGGCCUUACAGUGUGUGACUGAUAUGUCCAUUCACUCAUCCAAAUACAACAGUUCGUAAGCAUUUUA